AUGCGCGUAUGUGAUACCUGCUACCAAAUAUCUUACGCACUCAGUUUCUGCUUGGUGUUUCCAUGCCUUUUGAAUCGAUCAAGAAAAUGUCACUGCUCAGAGGUUGAAGAUGAUGGCAAAUUUGACAUUAACUAUGAAAAACUUGCAGAAAACAUGAAGGUCUAUCAGCAAUCACCACUUAGAGGAUACCUGGUGCAGGGCAGUAACGGCGAAUACAUCUACCUGACCCCCUCUGAGCGUGUGGAGCUGGUACGCCGGGUCCGCCCCCUGGUCACGGACGGUCGACUGCUCCUGGCCGGCUCGGGAUGCGAGUCGACUGCGGAAACCGUGGAGCUGUCGCAGCAGAUGGCAGAGGCCGGCGCUGAUGCGCUUGUCGUUGUUACGCCCUGCUACUACAAGGCGUCGAUGAACGACGCGGCGAUGGUUGCCCACUACACUGCAGUGGCCGAUGCCAGCCCCGUGCCUGUGAUUCUAUACAGCGUGCCCGCCAACACGGGUAUAAAUCUGAGCGUGGAGGCGGUCACUCAACUGGCGCCGCACCCCAACAUCAUCGGCAUAAAGGAUAGCCUAGGAGAUAUCAGCAAGCUGGCUCAGCUAGUGGAGACCACCAAAGACGAACAGUUCCAGGUGCUAGCCGGCUCGGCUGGGUUCCUGCUGCCGGCUCUGCUAGUCGGCUGUGUAGGAGGUAUCUGCGCGCUGGCCAAUGUCGUCCCCGAGGCCGUCUGUCGUCUAGAAUCUCUGUGGCGCUCAGGAAGCCUUACAGAGGCGGCCAAACUCCAGCGAAAACUAGUAGCCCCUAAUGCCGCGGUGACUCGCGGAUUGGGAGUGCCUGGGAUGAAAGCCGCCAUGGACGCGCAUGGUCUGUACGGGGGUCCGCUGAGGCCCCCGCUGCUGCCCCUGUCAGACGCACAAAAGGUGGUGUUGCACAAGAUCUUCGUCGACGCUGAACUGUGAGCCAAAAGUAGGUUCAGGCAAGGCGAUGGCUCAUUCAGGGCGUUAGGUCGGACGGGGCUGUAGCUCAUUCAGGACCUUAGGUCGGACGGAGCGCAGCUCCUUCAGGGCGUUAGUUCAGGCAUGACGGUGGCUCAGGCUGGGUGCUAGCUCAAAUUGGGAGUAGCUCAGGCUGGGUGCUGUGCUGGGCCUGGCUCAAAUUUGGGGUAGCUCAGGGGGUGUUAUCUCAGAUAGAAGGAGCUCUAUAGUCUAUACCUCUCUUCCUCGAAUUGAAACUCAUUGCAGGGGCCUGAUGGGAGAGAGCUUACACAUAUUUACAACGAGGUCUGGGGGAUUGGAAGAUAUAUUUAUACAGGGCCAGCGGGAGUUGCAUGGAUAGCGUAUAUAUACGGCGCACACCAAUCAUGCUCGGUUUGUAUAAUUGACGGCAUGUCGCUUUAUUGCUGUCGUCAGAAGACGUGCAUACGUAACAGCCUGAAAGGCUCUUUUAAUAUGUAGAACUUUGCGUAGAACAGUACGAAGUACGCUGCGAUGACCUGACUUGAAGCGCGUAAAUGGGCUAGUUGCUUAUUUUAUAGUACUUGCUGACUUAUUUAGCGCUGCGUAUUUGGUAAGACUACUACGCAUUACCUAGAAGGUAUGGGUUUUCAGGUUUCCCGUCACAUUACGCGGGAAGUGGUUAGUGUUAUGUCAUUACUGUGAUACCUUUUGUUGAUUACUCGUCAAGUAAUUCUUCAUGAAUUUUCGCUUGUGAGUUGUGAUCAACUCAUGUGGGCGAUUUAUGUUUUGACACCAGCUCGGCUAUUUUAGUACGUCUUCUCCAUAAACUGCGUCGGUAUAGCCAUAGAGCUAGGCAUUCAAGAAAUGUGCCAUUGAAAACCUUGUGGUAUUACCGUAUUGUUCAACUUUCUUAGCAUAUGUGCAAUGGAACUGCGUGAUACCUGAGUGAUGCCUUACAAAGGCUAUCGAGCGUUUUGUGCUUUUAAAGUAUGCUAUAAAAGUGAUUGCAAAUUUAACAAUGAACUAAGGUGAUAAAGAAUGUUUCACUGCCAUUCCUGCCCCAUGUAAAAAUGCAUGCAAGUUGCAACGAAGUCCUUGCCAGAUCGUUGUAUAUCGUGUGCUGAGUUUUACUACACCGUUGGGUGAGCGGACGUUUACCUACCCAUAAAAAUAAAUAUCCCACUCGUAGCGGCUA